UUUGGGGAAAGCCAUAGCUGCUUGAAAGUGGUAUCAUCCUGCUUUAAAUAUAUGGUGCAAAUGGGGCCUUGGACACUCAGCUGUUAUGUAAUAACAUCUGAUUAUUUAUAUCAUAAACCAAAUAGAUAUUAAUAUACAGUGGUACCUCUGGUUACGAACUUACAUUUGUUCCAGAGGUCUGUUCUUAACCUGAAACUGUUCUUAACCUGAGGUACCACUUUAGCUAAUGGGGCCUCCUGCUGCCACAGUGCCACCGGCGCAUGAUUUCUGUUCUCAUCCUGAGGUAAAGUUCUUAACCUGAGGUUCUACUUCCGGGUUAGCAGAGUCUGUAACCUGAGGUGUUUGUAACCCAAGGUACCAGUGUAAUCAUUUCCGAUGGCUGAAGAGCCUUCAGAGCCCUGGAAACAGAGAGGGUUGGCCACAAUAUGGGUUAGACAGCAGGCCAAAGCAAAGCUGGUGAGCAGCAGAAACUCUGCCACCCUGAUGUCCACUGGAAGUGCAAAAUCACUCUUGCCUCAUCUUGCUUCUCUCUAUACUUUUAGGUUCAAACGUCAUAGAAGGGGUGUGAAAGUGGAGCACGUGGAUUGUGAUGGCUACCGAUUCAGUUACUUCACGCGGGGGCAGCCUGGACCUCGGCCAUCCAUGCUGAUGCUUCAUGGCUUCUCUCUUGACAAAAACAUAUGGUUAAAUACAAUCGAAGUAGGUUCCCAUUUUGUUAUUCGGACAAUGCCUGAUAUUUGCCCAGGGAGCUGCUUCAAACUGGACAACUGGCACCUUUGCAAGUGCCACAAAAAUGCUUAUUCUGCACUUGUAAGGAAUCAAUCAUUUAGCGUGGCGACAAUAACACUCUGGAACUCUCUGUCCCUUGACUCUAUUUAUUUAUUAAAUUUGUAUCUCACCCUUCCUUCCUUCCCUUGCUAUAUUGUUUUGUAUGCAAAUCAUAUUUUGUUUAGGCAAGUCUACCCAGAUAUGUAAAGCUGACAUGUAUUUUAAUAUGUAAUUUUACUUAACCAUAUAUAGUUUAAACUGUUGCUAAUUUUGAUUAUGGUGCUUUUUAACGUUAGCUUGUUUUUAACUCUGGCUUUGAUUGGCAACAACUUUAAUAUAUAUAUUAUGAAAACCACUUAGAGGCUUUUUCACAAUUAAGCAGUAUACAAAUUCUGUUAAAUAAAGGAACAAAGCAGCUCCAUCUACACCCUACAUGCAAAGCACUCCUAUACCAUGUUAACAGUCACGGCUUCCCCCAAAGAAUCCUGGGAAAUGUAGUUAUGGCUCCCCUACUUAACAAACUACAGCUCCCAGGAUUCUCUGGGGGAAGCCAUGACAGUUUAAAGUGGUAUUAUACUUUCAAUGUAUCGUGCAACUGAGGCCUUUGUUAAACUUCUCUACAAGUAGAUAAAUAGGUACCGCUCUGGCGGGAAGGUAAACGGCGGUUCUGUGCGCUGCUCUGCUUUUGCCAGAAGCGACUUAGUCAUGCUGGCCACAUGACCCAGAAAAACUGUCUGUGGACAAACGCUAGCUCUGUAAAGCGAGAUGAGUGCCACAACCCCAGAGUCAUUCGUGACUGGACUUAACAGUCAGGGGUCCUUUACCUUUCUUUUUUUUACUGCCUUUCUGCCCAGGCACCCAAGGUUGUUUAAAAUCUUAAAAUACUAAAACAAACAGAAGAUAUAAAAUAUAGAGCAACAGAGUCCUCUCAAGCUGACUGAUGGUCUCUCCAGGAGCUGAUGGCAUAAGUUCUGAAGCCUGGGCCUCCCUUACUUCUGCCUUCCCUCAGGUCACACAGGUCUUUCUUAAGCAACCCCAGGCAAGGUGGGGAAAGUAGCUAUCCUAACAGCUGUCUUGGGCUGUUGAUAGUUCCAGCAAGAGCUGAUGGUUCAAAUACUCCCUGUCUGUACACAUGAGACCAGCCUGCUAAAAAAAUAUGCCACCUUAACCACACCACCCUUCAGUAACGAAGAGGUCCAGUUAUGCAGUUGGUACGGCACGAAACACUUAAUCCCAGGGUCAUGGGUUCAAACCUGGGCAAAAGAUUCCUGCAUUGCAGUGUUGGACUAGAUAACCCUUGUGGGCCCUUCCAACUAAAAUUUUAUGAUCCUCUAUGAUUCUAUGCUUGUUUUGAUUCCUUGGUUUUGUAUGAAGAACGUCGUCUUUCCACAGCUCUUUCCUCGUAACCUCCACUUGAUCUGCCUUGACUUGCCCGGUCAUGGAGAAACCACUCGCCUGCUGGGGGAAAGUUACACAGCUGCAGCUCAGACUAAACGGAUACACCAGGUAAGGCCUCCGUUUACCCAACAGAGACCCAUUCUAUCUUGAAAGCUGGCAGGCAAGUGGUUCCUGGAGAAGACCUUUACUGAUUGGUGGAAUGUGGGAAUUGUCAUCAUGGCUGACUGUGUGAUCACUUCAACUGGGGCCAAAGGGCCGCUUAGAAGAAACCAAGUUGGGAGUUGAACACUGGUUUGCAGGUUGUGGCCCAGCACUCUAAAACCACUACACCACAUUGGCACUGGUGCUAGAAAGAAAGGAGAGGCCUGGUUUUGUGUGUUGAAUAACCAAUAAAACAGAUCACCAUCUUCUCUGGAAAAACACCCUGCCUGGCUUAGUUGCUUAGGGUCAUAAAAAUGCCUAAAUAUAUGUAACACGAUUUCUCUUUACCUGCACUGCAUAAAAAUAAGUAAUAAUUUAAUAAUAAUAUUUUUAUUAUUUCAGUUUGUUGAGGCCAUUGGCUUGAGCAAAAAGCCUUUUCACCUGGUUGGCAUGUCUAUGGGAGGAAUGGUUGCCGGCGUUUAUGCUGCUCAGUACCCAUCUGAGAUUUUCUCCUUGUCCCUCCUUUGCCCGGCAGGUGAGUACCAAAACUCUUCAGAUCUCCUUCUCCAGUCGCCCUUCCAAAAUGACACGGGUGAUUAUUCCUAGAAACUCGGAACUAAGUCAUAGCAUCGCAGAGUUGGAGGUGAUCCCAGGGGUCAUCUAGUCCAACCUCCUGCAAUGCACGAACCUUUUGGCCAAUGUGGAGCUGGAGCCCAUGGUAAUGGCGACCUUCUUAUGGAACAUUCUCCCCAGCUGGUGCCUUGCCAUUUGCUUUUGAAGUUGCUUUUACUAGUUGAUCCUUUAAAUUCUGCUGCCAUCUUGUCUGUUGAAACUGCGGUUGUGCCACAAAUUGCUUUGGUUUGUCUGGACAUUCUGCAUUGUCUCCCAACUCCUAGGUCUAAAGUAUCCAACAGAAAACGAAUUCUUCAUACGCUUAAAAGAGCUGAUUCAGGCCAAAAACCCUGAGGAUACGACUCUUAUUCCAGUGACUGACAAGCAGGGCAAACAGUUGUUCAAACUCUGCUUGCAUCGCCCCAACAUUAUAAACACACAGGUGAGGGAAGCUGUACUCCAAAGAAUGCCCAAUCCUCUGCAGUGAUGUUUCCUACCUAUGCCAACAUCCUUUUUUUUUUUAAAUGAUAUUUAUUACUUUCCAACAAUUUGAACAUACAUAGAAAAAGAAAAUAAACAAUACAAUACAAUACAAAAACAAUACCUAACACUAAACCAACAAAAACAAUUUAAACUAAGAAAACAAAACAAAAACAAUUUAAUACACAUCAAAUAAUUUCAAUCCUUCAUUCACUUAUUUCCAUGACCUCCUCACACCUCCCUUUUUGUAUUCCACUUCUAUUUAGCUGUUUCAGCAAUUCCUUUCCAUCUUCCUCUGCUUUCCAUCCUAUAAUUAUCUUAACACAUUUUAACCUUAUUUUUCCCUUUAAUCUAUUUAUACUUAAUUCCUUAUAACAUUUCUACUGAAGCCAUAUAACUUCAUUCCAACAUUUUUCUAACAUUCAUUAAUUUUACAAUAUUUCUGUAAAUAGUCUUUAAACUUUUUUCAAUCUUCUUCCACCGACUCUUCUCUCUGGUCUCGGAUUCUGCCAGUCAUUUCCGCCAAUUCCAUGUAGUCCAUCAACUUCAUCUGCCAUCUACCUAUGCCAACAUCCUAUCCUCACUCCUCAAAACUGCUUAAGCAGGAAAGGCACAGGCUGAAAUCUGAAAACUAUGGAAUUAGCUCCCACAGUAUAGGUAGAUAUGGCUCCCAACUUGGAUGGCUGUUAAAAAGGAUUGGAUAAAUUUCUGGAAGAGGAUAUCCACAGCUACCAGCCACAAUGGCCUUUGGAUGCCAGUUGCUGGAGACCACAGAAGGGGAGAGCGCUGUUGCACUGAGGUCCUACUUGUGGGCUUCUCAAAAGAUAUCUGGGUGGCCACUGUGAGUAGGGGAUGCUGGUCUGGAUGGGUCUUUGGCAAGAGAGUGCAAGUUCCCUGUAGGUAAUACCAGGAUGCCUUUCACCUGCAACUGGUAAAUAUGAUAGGAGCUGGGCCCCCAAAGCCAGCAAGGCUGCCUCAUCCCUAUUUUGAAGUGAGGUAAUGCAUGUUAGCAACUAAAGACCACCAAUCCAUUAGACCGUGAUAACCAGAGCCCAAAAUUACAUAACUACACCAUUGAUUAAUGAAUGCGGCAGCUAGACUGGUGACUGGGAGCAGCUGCCUAGACCACAUAACACCUACACUGGCUCCCAGUACGUUUCCGAGCACAAUUCCAAGUGUUGGUACUGACCUUUAAAGCCCUAAACGGCCUCGGCCCAGUAUACCUGAAGGAGCGUCUCCACCCCCAUCGUUCAACCUGGACACUGAGGUCCAGCUCUGAGGGCCUUCUGGCAGUUCCCUCACUGUGAGAAGUGAGGUUACAGGGAACCAGGCAGAAGGCCUUCUCGGUGAUGGCACCUGCCCUGUGGAACGGCCUCCCAUCAGAUAUCAAGGAAAUAAACAACUACCUGACUUUUAGAAGACAUCUGAACCCUGUACAGUGGUACCUCGGGUUACAUACGCUUCAGGUUACAUACGCUUCAGCCCUGUUUAGGGAAGUUUUUAAUGAGUGAUGCUUUAAUGUAUUUUUAAUCUUUUGUUGGAAGCCACCCAGAGUGGCUGGGGAAACCCAGCUAGAUGGGUGGGGUAUAAAUAAUUGUUAUCAUCAUCAUUAUGGUCUGGCAGCAGCAGGCCAAGAAUGAAUGUGUAAAUACCAGAAUGAGCAACUACCACUACAGCAUCUCUACUGUAACAGCCAUUUUGCCAAUUCGCAGCCGAUAAUUCCUAUAAACUCAUAAAAGUGGAACAGUUCUGAGGUGAAUUCAUUUCCGUUCAUAGCAAUGCUUUAUUAAUUUCUUCACAUGCUGUAAAAAAAAAGGGGGGCAACAGAUUGUACUUUGCAUAUUGAUAUGCCUUGUAAUUCUUUUUAAAUGUCAAUAUGCCAAGUUUCCAUCCGGUCUAUGAAAUACAUAGCCAGAGAAUCCAAUGUAUCACCACCACCAGCUGUCUUAAGAAAGGAACAACAUAUCGUUCCCUGACUCGAACCUCACAGCCUUCCGAUGUUGUCAUCUUUGACUCAGACCUUCUUGUUUUCCAUGCUUAGCUGCUGAAGGGUUAUCUCAAUGAUCGGAGACCACAUAAGAUGUUUUUCAUAACAUGUAAGUAGAGAAACCAGUUGUGGAGUCAUUCUAUGUUGCUUCACACAUUACAUGGAGUUAAGCCAGCUGAGAAUCAGGAGCACACUCGGCAGCUGACAAGCAUACCUGCAUAAGUCUGUUGCAUUCACACAUUCCAGUUUUCUGAAGAAGCAGAAAGCGGCUUGCUAAAUAUUCUUGAGAGAUGCUCAUGCAUCAGAGAAAGGGGGAGGUAUGGAUUCAAGCUAUCACUGGAGCAUAGAAAGAUGUCUUAUUGCGUCAGACCAUUGGGUCCACCUAGUUAUACUGACUGGCAGUGGCUCUCCAGGGUUUCAGACUGAGGACUCUACCAGCACUACCUAGAUAUGGCCAUCAAUGGCUACUAGCUAUGAUACCUGUUAUGAGACACAUCUGAAGUUUUGCAGUGAGGGCCCAAGGAGAUGCAUGAGUGAGACGUCCCUGGUUGUGGUGCUAUUAUUCACCCCCUGCACUCCUUCAAAAGGGUGGGAUAGAAGUGGAACAAAUAAUAUUUGUUUUUACCGUACUGCCCCAAAUAUGACACACUUCUUUUUUUCCCAAAUUCUGACUGUGAAAAGUUAAAAGUGUGGCUUAUAUUCGCGACUUUACAAAAAUUGGCUUGGAGCGGGCUUGUCCCUGGAUGUUGCCUGAUUUCAGCUGGGCCCGCUCCCAAGAUGGCGGUGCAGCGAGGGAGUCCCUGAGAGGGAGCCAGAAGGCGGGGAGGAGGAGGAAGGAAGGGAGGGAGGAGCACAGACGAGAGAGAGAGAGAGCGAGCGAGCAAGAAGGUCUGCUAGGAGGAACAGGAGAUGCAGCCAGUGUGCUGGGACUGGUGCUAGCCUGAGGUGCUGCCUGACUUUAACUCGUCAAGGGACGCGUGAGUCCCGCCAGCUGCUGCCUCUCCUCACUCCUCCGGAGUGGUGAAGGCGCUGCCUCCUUGGGCCCCGCUCCUCCUCAGGUAUUGUCAUUUCCUCCCCCCCCUUUAAUUUUAAAGGGAUGACUUAUAUUCGGGGUGCGGCUUAUAUUCCAGCCAAUACAGUAAAUGCAGCAAACUGCAGCUGGGGAUGGGGGAGAUUAACUAGGAAAACAGCUGGGGAGGCAGCUAAAGGUCCUUCCUCUGUGACACAGCUCCUGAUCAAAUUAACACAAGCAGGUAACGUUAUUUUUAAAAGCUGCAGAAGAUUGUGAUUAGGGAUCCCCUUGACGUAUCUAGUUCCCCCUCUGUGCAUGACAGAAACAGCCCUAACUCUGCUUCCUUGUUGGUAAAGGUUUCUUAGACAUCUCCAGUGCUAAGUCCAGAUACAGCCUUCACGACAAUAUGAGCAAGAUUAAGGCACCUACACAGAUCAUUUGGGGACGGAGUGACAAGGUAAGUUGUGCGUGCGCAUGCUUGUGUUCCUAGGGAGUGAGGCAAAAGAAGUGAGCUGUUUUGGUGGCAUUUCAUUUCCCGAGGUUGUUGCUGUUCUGAAUGGUUCGUUUAUUUAAAUUUGGCACAUUUACGUUCCCACCUUUCAUAAUGGAAAUCAUAGCAGCAUGCAUCGGCUUCCUAGACAGUCUCUCCUCCAGACACUGACCAGGCCCAGACCUGUAUUUUCUUUAGCAAGGUGGCUGCAUCACAUGCUCUCAGACCAUGGCCUAGGUUAGCUCAAAACAAAGAACUUGGUUCAUGGCCUUCAUUAAGCUGGACAUGUAAGGCAGGAAAAAGAAGUGCAGCAAAUAAUUCCUUUAUGGCUUCUACAAACCUAACUGAAGCAUACAUCCUGACACCACAGCCACCAAUCGUUAAAACAGAUACAAAUAGGCACAUGCCAACCAACAAACUACCAUGUCAGUCCAAUCAAUAUUUGUUUAUAAUCUGAAAUUUAAGGUGCCACAAUUCCAACACCUGCCCUGUCCUAAGAGAGCAGGUAAUAUGGAUGCCCUGGGGAACAUAAAUUCCCACUGAAGAGAUGACAUACUAAAUCACACGAGUUCAAAUUUAAGAAGGUGAAUACAAAAUGGGAUGAAGACCACUUCAUUCUCAGAGUAAGGUGAAUAAUGUUACAAUAACUGUGCAAUGAGCAUUUUUAAUGAUUCUGUAUUUUCUUUGUUGUAUUGUGAAUUUUACUAUUAUAUGAAAGUCAAUCUGAGAUGCUUGUGCAAUUAAGCUUAAUCAGUUGGUCAGUAGAGUGACCAACAGAAUUGGGAUUCAGCUUGUCACUAAGUACCACUUAGCAGUUGCAAAGUUACUGUGCAAGACGAAACCUCUCUGAAUGGAGCAGGACUUCCUCUCUCCCUCCUAUGUCCACCGAACCACAAAUUUGAUCUUGGUUGUUCCCCCAACCCUUUUAGAGCAGAUUUGGGGGCAGGGGUCCACAGGAGGAUGAGAGGGAGGGGAGAUUUGUUGGAUUCAGUUGUGACUGACUACUGAUGAUGGUGAUGGUGGUAAUAGUCAUACGAUAACACAGUAUAGAUUUAUACCAUAACUCACCAAAGGUUAGGGAUGCUAUCAAUAGUCACGGGUGAGAGAUUUCCUCCCAGUGCCAUGCAGACACCAGGGGGAAAAUAUAUACUCAUUCUUUGUUGUUCAGGUCUUUGAUUCGUCCGGCGCAGAAGUUUUGGCAACAGCAAUUCCCAUCUCCCAAGUGCAUAUGCUGGAUAAAUGUGGACACUUCAUAGCAUUCGAGAGACCCAAGAAAUCUGCAAAGCUCAUCCUAGAAUUCUACAAUUCAGUUUGUGACAAAGCAGAAACGAAGAAGGUGGCAUAAACCUCACUGAGUCCAGCAGCUGGAGUAUUUAAAGGGACUUCCUACUCUGGAAAGAAAAAACACGGGGCAUAACGUUGUGGGUGUCUGUGCUGGCUUCCCCCAUUUGUUACAAGACGGUUAUUUAUUUAUUUCUAAAGUUGGUUCUGUCCCACCUUCCAGCCCUGGACUGACCUUAAGGAUUCUGGCAUGUUCAAGUUGACUUCUUUCCUUCAACAUAUUGGAACCUGGAAUUAAAUUGCACGAUUUGCAGCACAGUCCUAUGCACGUCUAUUUAGACGUUAGUCUCAUUGAGUUCACUGGGGCUCACUCCCAGAGAACCGGUACAGCAGAGGUGGGGAACCUGGGGUGUUUGUUGUGGUUGGCCUCCAAAGCCCACCAGCCCCAGUCAUUGCCAAUGGUCAGGGGUGGAGGAGCUGGACCCCAAUAGCAUCCGGGGAGGGCCCACGUUCCCCAUGCUAGUGUCACAGCCUUCAAUCAUAAAACCAAACUGCGAGCCUUUAUGGAAUCAUAUUGUGUAAUUUUUACUUGAUGCCUGUCACUUCCCCUCUCCUUUAUUUCAAAAAUAGGAUGCACUUCAGAAACGGACAGAUCUGUCAAAUGCACCUUGCUAUCUCAACAGACAGCAUAUACAUUUUUAAGACAAACUUUAGGCUGCUUCCGAGAUUCAGCUGAGAUGGUGGUGCCAGAAAGACAGGUCCCUUUUUACAGUCAAUAUUCCAUCUGCCACCAAAUCCUUAUUCAGACACUUCUCACAAUACGUUGCAAAAACAAAAACGCUGCCAUUUUUCUCCAUCCCUUCAAUAAAGCUCUGGCCACACCUCCUCCCUUGUCAGAUCUCAGUCCUUUCACCUCUUAACCAAACUGAGCAUCCAAUGAGAAUUCAUCUCUCCAUACUGGGAAGUCUGUGAUGCCCCUCCUCAAAUUUUACAAAGUCCUGUGCCCUUCCACAUCCAGCAUAACUGCCUGGUCUUUCCUGUUAAAAGCAAUCCAAGGUUCACAAAUUGGGCUCACUCCUCUCUGCCUUAUAUUCACCAUUAUCUCUCUGCUUCUAAUAUUCACUGACAUUUCCACCACCACCAAGUUGCUCAGAAACUGCCAUGGAUCUGCUCGGUUUUGGUGCCAUUUCUGGGAUACUCCCCUUGGAUCACCUGCAUAGUUCUCUGCUUCUUUUCCUUCAAUUCCUUCCCCCAAAGUGCACAUUUUCCAUACAGCAUAUUGCUUAGCCUCUUAAGUCCACAUCCCCAAGGGCAAAAUGAAGCUCUGCAGAACAGACCUGUGAAUGCCAAUCAAAAGAAAGUCCAGCUGUUUCCAAUGGUGCUUAGUCCAAAAUUACCGUAUUUUUUGCUCUAUAAGACUCACUUUUUCCCUCCUAAAAAGGGGAAAUGUGUGUGCGUCUUAUAGAGCAAAUGCAGGCUGCGCAGCUAUCCCAGAAGCCAGAACAGCAAGAGGGAUUGCUGCUUUCACUGCGCAGCGAUCCCUCUUGCUGUUCUGGCUUCUGAGAUUCAGAAUAUUUUUUUUGUUUUCCUACUCCAAAAACUAGGUGCAUCUUGUGGUCUGGUGCAUCUUAUAGAGCGAAAAAUACGGUAGUCUUUAAAGGAUUAAAACUUGCCCAUUUAACCAUGUUUGUUCAUAUCCCUAGAUGCCCUUGUCUUUUCAUCAUUCCUCCAGUGUUGACAUUUACAUUGUAAGCUUACUGGGGUAGGGACCUUAAUUCCUUCCCAUAAUUCCUCUUUGUAAAGCAUCAUGUAGCACAGUUUCCAGCAAUCCUGUGCCCCUCAGAAGUUUUGGACUACAACUUCUAUCAGCCUCAACCAGCCUAUGCACUACUAGACAGUGGGAAUUGUACAUGAGGAUGUCACAUAGAAAGAUGGGCUAUGGAAUUUGACAUGACUCAGAAUUGCUUCUCUCGCUAUAAUGCGAUGAAGGUGAUUGUUGCUCCAUGGGUGGCACCAGCAAAGAGAGACAAGCAAUAGGACUCGAGGUUCUAAUUGUCCAAAUCAUGUUUCCCUCCUGUUAUUUGGGAAAGUUGGUUAAUGGGCAAGAGAUCUGUGCCCUCCACACUCUUUAGACUUAGCAGAAAGAAUAGUCUAGAAAGCAGGACAUCAUCAAAAGAAAAUCCUCAUUUAAAAAGUUGUGAAAGGGACAGUCUUCGCCACCUCUGAAGGACAUAGCAUGUGUUUCUGUCAUGCCGUUUAGGAACAUGCAAGCGGCAAGGUUAUUCUUCCAUGGUAUAUUUCCACAGGGCUUCAAGGAACUUGGCAAAGUAGAGCUUUCUUGUACAAACAUAAUGCUGAUUAUCCUGUCAAUUAUGGUUCAACAUUAAUAAACCAAACUGAGCAUGACUAGCUGACAUUAUUAAGGAAUGCUUCCCCAGGAAAAUGUGCACGCAGUCCUUCAACUCGAGAGCUUACCUUUACUUCCCAAAGCUGAAGCUGACAACAGCAUUAAAGCUAUUCUCCAACUGUACUGAACACUCCAACAUGAAACAAUCCCCAUGUUUAAAAAUGAAUAGAAAAAACAGAAACAUAGAGGCAUGACAGAGGCUUACAAACACUUUGCAGAUAAGAUAGGUACACACACUUUUCUCCCAUCCUUAUAAAUUUUGAAGCUUUGGCUUUUGAAAUGUUUGAUUGGCAUUAGGCUCAGGACAGCUGUAAACUUCACAUAAAACAACUGAUGGAAUUCACUGCCACAAGAUGUGGCUACUAACAGGCGGCUUUUUUAAAUUGUCAUACAAAUUCAUGGAGUAUUAAGUCCAUCGAUAGCUUAUCAGUAACUGUAAGGUAUGAUAACUAAAUCUAUGGACCUAUUAGGAUAACCAAGGGAUGGUUUAUUACCCCUCAUGUCAUAUUUUAAAGCUGGGCACUGUUAGGAAAAAAACAUACGUAGUACAAGAAGGCCAUUUUUUCUGACUGAGGCGUCAAAAACAAGCUCAAAUAGAGACACUGGCUUUAUAAACUAUUAUAACCAGUGCUGUACAUCUGCUGCAGUACGACGAGUAAAGAGCUCCAUUUCCGAAGGAUCUGAGUUUUCAUUUUAAAGAAGUUCCUAGAAUUACCGUAUUUUUUGCUCUAUAAGACUCACCUUUUCCCUCCUAAAAAGUAAGGGGAAAUGUGUGUGCGUCUUAUGGAGUGAAUGCAGGCUGCGCAGCUAUCCCAGAAGCCAGAACAGCAAGAGGAAUUGCUGCUUUCACUGCGCAGCGAUCGCUUUUGCUGUUCUGGCUUCUGAGAUUCAGAAUAUUUUUUUUCUUGUUUUCCUCCUCCAAAAACUAGGUGCGUCUUGUGGUCUGGUGCGUCUUAUAGAGUGAAAAAUAUGGUAUAUGAGUGGAAGCUAAAGAUUUCCUAUUGGCAAGGACAUGCCUCAACCACAAUUAUGCAAAAUGAGAAGAUACUAAUUUGCUUAGUUUGCAUAAUUUAUACAAGUCUCAAAAAUGGGUUCAUUUCUGGGUGAAUUUGCUGUAGAACUACUCCCCCCCCCCAAAAAAAAGUCAGUACACACAGAGACCCGAAUAUAACAUACUCUAACAGCAAGCUCUACUCUAUUCCAGCUUUCUACUGG